UCCCCCGUCCCGCCCCUUGGCGCGGUCAUAGCGCCGCCGGAGCAGCCGCCGCUUCCUUUCGCUCGGCGGCCAUUGCUGCGGCGGCACCAGGCCCACCAGCCCGAAGCCCAAGAUGCAGAACGACGCCGGUGAGUUCGUGGACUUGUACGUCCCGCGGAAAUGCUCUGCCAGCAAUAGGAUAAUCGGAGCUAAGGACCAUGCAUCCAUCCAGAUCAACGUAGCCGAGGUUGAUAAGGUCACGGGCAGGUUCAAUGGUCAGUUCAAAACUUAUGCCAUCUGUGGAGCUAUUCGUAGAAUGGGUGAAUCAGAUGACUCUAUCCUCCGACUGGCCAAGAAUGAUGGCAUUGUUUCUAAGAACUUCUAACUGAAGAGAAUUUUUAAUAUGGAUCCUUUGUCACAAAAUAAAAUGACAAAAAAAUCCAC